AUGGCCAUGGGCGAGGACGCCGAAGCCGCGAAGUGCGUGACGGUGACGCGGAUUGCGUGCUUCAAGUUCCGGGACUGGGUGGCUGCCGGGGACAUUGGGGCGCGGACGGGGGCGUUUCUCGCCCUGUACGACGAGUACGCGCAUCUGCUGGCGGAGAAGCCACGGGGCGGACGGCCGCUGGAUACGCCGCUGAAUCUGACGGGCGUGCAGAGGGACAAGGGGUGGGAUACGGGGUUUGUGGUGAGGUUCAAGAGCGAGGCGGCGAGACUGGAGUUUGACAAGGCGGAGGGACAUGACAAGCUGAAGAAUGAGACGGACCCGUUGUUGGAGAGGGUGUUUGUGUAUGAUUUUGUGGACCAGGAGAACCUGGGGUGGUGA